AUGCGAACGCAUGGUGGCUGGAAUGUGAACGGAAGCUUGGAUACGAAGGGUAUGAUUAGAUGUGAAAAUAAGCUUAGUUGGGAGAGGUUUCAUUAUGAUAGGCGGUCUCGGGAGUUAGGAUGCGAAUGCGAGAUUCAAACUAUAGCCGAUCCGUUUAACGGGAACGACCAUCCAAGUUCAGACGAAACGACAACCAUGGCGUCUGCUACUUCCGGCACCACAUUAAAUGCUUCACUGCUGCCUUGCUCAACGGUGGGGAGGUUAGGGCGUACAUUAGCAACGACAUCUGGUAGCAAGUCCUUCUCACUUUUAUCUCUCUCCCCGGAGCUGGUCUACCGCUGUGGGCGGCGAUGGAAGAAUGUGACCGCAGCAAGAAAACUUAUUGUUCGUGCUGCGAGAACCGAAUCUAAGGGCGUUUCUCUUGGUUCCAGAGCUCCUAAUUUUGAGCUGGAGGAGCCACUCACAGGGAAUAUGUGGACAUUAGAGGACUUCGAAUCUUAUCCGGCAUUACUGGUUAUGUUCAUUUGCAAUCAUUGUCCAUUUGUUAAGCACUUAAAAAAGGACAUUGUGAAGCUUACGGAUUUUUAUACAAAGAAAGGGCUCGGUGUAGUUGCAAUAUCAUCGAACUCCGAAAUUACUCACCCACAGGAUGGACCAAUUUUCAUGGCAGAGGAUGCGAGACUUUUUAAUUAUCAAUUCCCAUACCUUUAUGAUCGUACACAAGAUGUUGCAAGAGACUAUGGCGCCGUUUGCACCCCGGAGUUUUACUUAUUUAAAAAGGAUGGCCGGCGACCCUUUGAACUAGUAUAUCAUGGUCAGUUUGACGACUCCCGGCCAAGCAACAAUGUUCCUGUCACAGGAAGGGAUUUGAGCUUGGCAAUUGACCGUGUUCUUAGUGGUCAACCGAUACCACCAAAUCAGAAACCGAGUGUUGGAUGUAGCAUAAAGUGGCAUCCUGCGGGAAAAGUAUAAAUGGAAAUGUGGUUCACGCUUCGUCGUCGAUUUACUAUUUAUAAGGUGUACGGUUUCAAAUUUUUUUAUGUAACUAGAUGUGUAUUCAAAUGUUCAAAACAUAUGUAUAUGUUAUUAUGUACUUAAUGGUAUAGACCUCCACACUCAUCUUCUUGCUGUUUUCGAAUGAGGGAUAUUUUGGGAACAAAAACAAAGAUAGAUAGAAAAAAUGUCAUUCAUGGGCAUACUUUUUAGAGAAAGGUGUUUUCAAUCAUAUUUUAUCAAAAUCUUCGUUAAGAACAACUUAUAGUCUUGGUUACAACAUAUUUAGC